CCACGAAAGGGCAGUCCAUCUUGCAGAACAAUUAAGGAUGAAGAGGACAGUGCGUCUGCGGAGGAAGUUUCACCAAUCAGCAUCUAACGAAGCCUUCGCUAUACAACGGCUGUUCAGCUACUCCGGGUAUUCCGCAGAUGCCACUACAUUCUUCGCUCAUACGUAAUGGUACUGAUGCACCGAGGCUGCGCAGAACGUUCCCCCCAUAAAUUAUUACAUGCCGACACCGGCGAGGUACAGUAUGCGGUUACCGUAAUCAAGCUGGCGCGAAGGUGGAAAUCGUCACUUCCGUACGCGUUGAACGUCGUGUUCGCCAAUGAGUGUUUAUACAUCCAUCGAGUUCACUUAGCUUUCCAUUUUCGAAGAUGUGAUGUGCGCAGCAUAUAGGCCUAUGCCCUGCACGAACUGCUCUCUAAAAAAUACUGUGCAGUACCAAUGCUUAAAGAUAGAUAUACCAGUUGGUGAAAUCGUCAUUUGGCUCUCAAAUUUGCCCCAUUUGCCAGGCGUUUGAUGUGCAUGCAUUUAUCGCAGCCCAGGGAGACUUUCGUGGAUUAUCCAGCUAAUGUUUUUCUUCAAUGGCAUUCCUCCUGUAUCUGGGUCAACCGUAAGACUGGUCACUUUUAUGGUUAUUAAAAGCAUUUAGCACCGUCCUCCCACGAGUCAUAAUGCUAAUUACACAUUGGAGACACGGCGUGGUGUGACCAUGGAGCUAUUGCUGCCAGACCGUCCUCCGUGCACUCCGCUGUUAUGAAUUAUAAAGAUCAGCCACGGGUCUCAAGUGUUGAGCCGAGGACUCGCGGUAUUAGGAUUCAGCGGGGGUACACCCGUGGCAAGCGUACGACCCCCAUGAGUAGCCCCGGUAGAGACAGGAACAGCAAGCCGGCUUGAAUGAACCGCACCUCGUCCGGCCGCGGCUGUAGCAGUCGACCCCGGAGCGCUGGCCCCUCGUCGCUAACGGUGCCGCACGCAGGAGCCAGGGUCCACCACCACCCGCAGCACGUCGGCAGCCCUGCCGGCUACGGCGGUGGUGGGGGUGAGUUCGUCCACACACCCGAAGAUAGCUAUGACGAAGCGACUUUGAAAGGCUGCGUGGACGAAUGCGAGAAGCUUGUUCGAGACUUUAACACCAGAGUUGCCCAAUACCGCGAGAAGUUAAUUGGCAUCGCCGACGUAAGCGACUCCUUGCACUUCCGGGAGGAUAUACGGCGCAAGCGCAGAAAGGGUCUGGAUGCUGCCAGGAACGCAAAGUAUAAGCUGUUUCCACACAUGCGUGGGAGGCUUACAAAGCCAGACUUCCAACGUCUUUUCAUACAGUUGACCGGCUGCAUGCAUCUGUUUAUAGCAGAGAUGCGGAAAUCCUUGGUACUCCUCUCAGCAUUUCCCAUUGAUCAUGUUGGCCAUCCGUAUGAAAACCUCCCAGGUAUGGUGAUGAUGAUGGAGAUAGCUGGCCCCUCCCACGACCGGCGGGGUGGGAGCCACAAGGGCCGAGAGCUGACUGUGUCGGAGAUCUCUGACCAGCUGGAGGAAUCGGUCAUUCUGGAUGGACCAAUGGCCACGUCAGAGGAUCUUCAACUUAUUGCUAAGGAUAUGGAGGAGGUGCGGCAUAUGUUAAGCGAGGUGGAUCUGGAUGAGAUGAUCCCUAGGCAACGCUCACCAGAUGAACUUACCCAGGUGACCUCCAUUCAUCGUCAAAGCAGCCUUGUAAGACUACGAAGGCGCAUGCUUUGCUGUUGCAGUAGGCCGAAACACAUCAAAACCUGAAAAGAUGGUCCAAGAUAAAUUUUAUUUAUAGCCUGCAAUAAUGUACUUGAACUCUCCGGAUGCAAAAGCUGGAACUGUUGAAAACCCCGUCGACGUGGCAGCUUCGAAGUAUUUCUUCAUUGUUAAUAAUGGAACAUGGGUGGUAUGCAAGUUUCACCUGCGACUUAAAUGACUGCAUUGCAAUCACAGUGCCUAACUCUUGGGGGCUGCCCAAGAGUCUGUCCUUUGUGCUGCCACCAAGUGUCCAGAAAUAACUUCUUAAGUACUUCUGAGCGCAGACUCAUUAGUACAAUUGAUCUCCAUGCAUGCAUACCUGAAAAAUCUGCGGUCAAUACUCGAGAUAUAAGAUUGUUUUUUUUUAUCGUUCCAUUGAGUGUUCUCACACGCACCCAUAUCCCGAGUAUAUUUUAUUUAAGAAAAACUUUAACAAGCUUACUCUGAAGGGACUCGCACCCAUGACCUCAUCCCUAGGUAGCAGAGUAGACAGGUAUUGUUGGUUCAAUGCCCACCCAAGCAAGCUUGUAGAGUUUACUGCGUGGGCGUUUGGACAGCUCUGGUGAUACUUGAAAUUACUUCGGUACUAUUCGGUAACCCAUUAGACAAGAAUCUUGACAAUGCUGGUGUUAUAGGUGUUGAUAAGAUGUACAUUGCUGCUGCGUUUUUCACACUUUGAAUCGGUAAUUUAACAGCACAGAUGCAACAGAGGUUUUCAAUCCGAAUGGCUCAUCACGUGGACAACUAGUAUAAACCAUGCAGGCAUGGAACUAAGGUUGAUACAGGCCUACAUUACACAAAUGUACCAUUUUCCAUACAAAAUUUUCCACGUACCUUUAUGUAUACGUAUACAGUGAUCACAGUACUGUCCCUUGGCUUAUCAUGUGCUUGAUAUCAAUCUCCACUGUUACUAUUUCAUGCGUUUCAUCUUCGUAAGAUGCAGUUUCUUCAAGUGAUCUUAUAACAUACCGCGCCAAUCCAAACAAAUACUUCACAACUUCACCGGGACACGAGAGCCAGUGAAAUGUGCAGGAGGGCCUUCAGGUGUCCCUGUUCCCUAUUCAUGAAAGCAAUGGUCCGCACAAGCUCGAAUCGUCCUGUCUUCGAGUGAGGUUAGCAGUAUUAGACCCUGACAGAAGGAGUGGCAACAUACAGCACCCGCGAAUGGUGGGCUGAUCAUCUGUGCUUUGCGUAAAUACCACCAAAAGAACACCAAUGCGCGCUGGAACUGUCACAUAAAAUGCUUAACUGGUAUAUGGAUAAUCCAAUUUGGAACACUAGAUCAUGGACCCUCUUUCGUUUGACGAAUUGUUUUAUACUGUAUACGCGGUGAUUUUACCAUGCUAAAUGUUAUACAGUGUGUGGUUAUGGAUUCCGCACAGAACACGUAAUCAUGAUAUUAUUUACCAUUGCAUGCAACAUAAACAUUUUAGUUUUGUACGAGAUGGACUACAGUAAAGCCUGGUUUCCAUAAGGUCUUUUAUAACGCAGACAGAACGCAAGGUGCGAAGACGCAGAAACGAACGGAAGAGACGGGGCAUGACGUCAUUCCAGACAAAAUUGAAACAAAAUGGCGUCCGAAACUGUGUGAUUUUUCGCGAAAAAUGUGCUUUAGAUGGACUGUACCGCCUGAUGAUGCCAAACCUCUACUCCAGUUUCAUGCAUUUCAUUAACCAUCAUCUAUUUAGUUGAUUACUGGGGUGCAAUAUUUAAGCAUUAAGGAGACAAUGGGCAAAAUUUGUGAAACUAAGCGAGGACAUCGUUGCACGCCGGCCAUGACAGCAUGCGUGUUUGUAUGGGGAUACCACGGCUACUUGACGCACACAGUCGGCAAAGUUGAAACUCGGCUGAGCUUUGCCGAUCGUUCGCGGGCUGGUUUGUGUUUGUCUGCGUUAUCGAGGACGCCUCCGUUUGACAUGUUUCCGUAUGUCCGCGUUGCAGUUUGUGUCUUGAUUGCGUUGCUCGCUGUGUUUCUAAAGUCGAUAUGGAAAGCAGGCUUAGUAAGGUAUAACUUACUUGGCUUACUUGAUCUGUUCUCUAGGGCGGCAUUAAUUAUUGCUAGUUCAGCCUUUUGAAUAUGGGCUUCGGCACGGACUUUGAGGAAGAUCUUCAUGCUGCACAACACGUUCUUUGAAACAAACUAUUUCGAACAAUGUCUUAAUUAGUCGAUUUUCCGAUGACGAUUUGUCAUGGUACUCUAAUGAAUUGUCACUUGAAUGGGUAAAUGAGCCCCAUUCGGACACACUCAGACACAGGAAUGAAAAAAAAGGAAAACAAAGUGAAACGGUGUAGGUGUAGAGGCUUUGCGUGGUAGCCAUCUUGCAGGGCAG